AUGUCAGCAUUUAACACAAAUACUGCCAUUAGUUUUACAAACAACAAUAAUAACCCUCAAGGAAAUGAAAUAGAAUUUGAAAGAAUUUCUCAUACACUUAAUUCAUUGAUCAAACAUUUUUUACUUGAAAAUGUAAAUAAUUUCAAUGGUAAAAAUUUAAAAAAGAACGAGAUUACACUACAGCAAAAACGAAUUUUUGAUUAUUGUAUGAGGAUUUUGGGCAGUCGAAUGACACCCUCCAUAGUUAAUGAUGAAGUUCAUAUAUCAGAUCUAAUUAAAAAAAAACUAAUUCGUGAUGAAAAUCAGUCCUCUUCAAAGGCUUUACGGUUUACUAAUUUAUUUUCAAAAUUACAAUCCAAGAAAAUUAUAACACAAAAAUGGGGAAUUCUAUACUUUUUAUUAUCAAUUAGUGAUCAAGCCGGAAGUGAUAAAAAUCUUAAAUUAGUGAAUACUACUCCUAUAGAGCAAAUGUUUUCAUAUCCAUCACCAGCAUCACCAGCUAUACCAAUUGAAAUAACACAGGAAAAGGAUACAUUACCUCCAAAAGCAAUUUUAAGCAAAAGAUUGGCGCAAUUACAAAAUGGCAAGUAA